CAUUUCCGCUUCCGCUGACGUGUGUGAGUCAAAGAUGGCGGCGCGCGGAGGAAAACGUGCAGCGGAGAGAUCAGCACAGAUCAAGGCGAAAAGAGCGAAAUUAAACAAGAACAAAUCGCCACAAACCGAGAGAAAAACGAAGACCGUGUCAUUCGCAGCAGAUAAUGAAGAAGCGAGCGCGAACGUCAUCAGCGUCCCGCCGCCCGUCAGCGCGGGCAAAUGGACGAACAAAGAGCGAGUUCUGGUCUUUUCUUCUCGCGGGAUCAGCUUCAGGACGAGACACCUGAUGCUGGACCUCAAGACCAUGAUGCCGCACAGCAAAGCAGACUCCAAAAUGGACAGAAAAGACAAACUCUUUGUGGUGAACGAGGUGUGUGAAAUCAAAAACUGCAACAAGUGCAUCUUUUUUGAAGCCAAGAAGAAACAGGAUCUCUACAUGUGGAUCUCAAACGUCCCUCACGGACCCUCGGCCAAAUUUCUUGUUCAAAAUGUUCACACUCUGGCUGAGCUGAAGAUGACCGGAAACUGUCUGAAAGGCUCCAGGCCACUGCUAUCCUUCGACCCGAAAUUCGACAAGGAGCCUCAUUACGCGCUGCUCAAGGAACUCUUCACUCAGAUCUUCUCCACGCCUCAGUAUCACCCCAAGAGUCAGCCGUUCGUGGAUCAUGUGUUCAGCUUCACCAUCGCAGACCACAGAAUCUGGUUCAGGAACUAUCAGAUCAUUGAAGAAGACGCGUCUCUGGUGGAGAUCGGCCCUCGCUUUGUCUUGAAUCUCAUCAAAAUAUUUCAGGGCAGCUUUGGUGGACCCACACUGUAUGAAAACCCUCAUUUCCAGUCGCCCAACACGCAUCGGCGAAUGAUCCGACUGGCCACGGCCGCCAAACAGAAGGAGAGGCAGAUGGUGAAGGAGAUCCAGAAGGAGAAACGCAAAGAGGAACAGGAAGUGAUAACGCAGGACGUCACGGAUGACGUGUUCGAGACUCCAGCGGAGCCGAAAGCGCCUCAGGUCGAGCUGGAGGCUCCAGGACCUCGACGCAGCAAGAAGCUCCGACUCUCAGAGCUGAAGAAGAGAACGCUGAUGAAACGCAAAGGCCUGCGAUGAUCGCUGUGCUCCGAUCCAGAUCCAGUCCUGUUCCUGAGCAUAGUGUGUUUUUCUUGAGGAUUCACAUUCAUCUUCAUCUUUGUAUUGCUGUUUAUUUGUUAACAAUGCAAUGUUAAUAAAGCUUUUUAUUAAUAUUCAAA